GUUGAAGCUACAUUUUAAUUAAAAAGAAUGAAUAUACCGAUGGGUGUGCCAGUCUUCAAAGUCAUGAUUAAACACCGGCACAGCUAGGAGAAAAUAUUUGGAAAUAGUCCAGAAUCUCUGCAUUGGCUCAUCCCUGCAGUAAGCUACAGCCUUGUUUAAUAUCAGAUUACAAAUAACAUUAUCUAAAAAGUUUUAUAAAUAAAAUUACAUCAAAACUGGACCAAUCCACAUUUGGUCAAAUGCAUUUUUAUUCCCAUCAUAAACUGUAGCUGACCUCGUGUUAGCAAAACUUCUCAAAGGCCUUUUCUGGAUCAGAGGUUACUUAUGAUUAUAUACUUAUGAUUAACUCACUUUGGUCGAGGCUGAAGUAGCAGUGACAGACACAACUCUGCACAUCCUUCCAGCGGUGAGUGUGUUCCUGAAACUGAAACCACCACCUUGCCAGCUCCAUAAAAAUAAAAACUGAGGUGGAGGGAUGGAGCUACUUGCAUUCUGGGACUUUUUAGCAGAGAUUAUUCUUUUUCCCUCUCCACUGAAUUUUGGAGGCAGUUAAUACAAAAGGACAACUGGUGCCACUUGUGAGCUUUGUGAGUUCUUGUGGCACAGAAAUACAUUCAGACACAAGAGAAAGGAUGAAUACCUUUGCCUUACUUACUGUUAUGCUUCAUAGUUCAGGGCUAUCAGGUACACUGCCCCACCAAAAAGAGUAAAAUGAAACUUCCAAAGGAAAAGGGGGUGGCAAUGCAGACUGAUCCAGGUAUGGAGCAAUAAAGGAGUAUGAGAUUAAACCAAAUGCUUAACUGUACAGAAGUACUAAAUGUACAUUCCCCCAAGAAAUAAAAAAAACCUACGUGCCCAUCAGAUAAAGUAAAAACAUGUUCCUAAGGUUCCGUGACUACAGGACAAUCUGACUUUUAAUGGUAUGGAAACACAUUCCUGUAUGGAUUUACAUCCUUUGUGUUUUACUCACACAGUUGACUCCAUCCAGCUGAAAGUGCCAGUGAUUCAGCAGCUGUACCACUGGGACUGUGGGCUGGCCUGCUCCAGGAUGGUGCUUCAGUACCUGAAUCACUUGGACAACGAUGAAUUUCAGAAAGCCAUCCAGGAACUCCAGUUAACAAAGAGUAUCUGGACUAUUGACCUGGCCUACCUAAUGCGGCACUUUGGUGUUAAGCAUAAAUUUUGCACCCAGACACUCGGAGUGGACAAGGGCUACAAAAACCAGUCAUUUUACAGGAAGCACUUUGACACAGAGGAGAAUCGAGUGAAUCAGCUCUUUGCACAGGCCAAAGACUGCAAGGUGCUGGUGGAGAAGUGCACAGUAACUGUUCAAGACAUCCAAAACCAUCUGUCCCAGGGUCACAUAGCCAUCGUCCUGGUGAAUGCAGUCCUGCUGCUGUGUGAUCUCUGCUCAAGUCCUGUCAAAUACUGCUGCUUCCUCCCCAUCGGACAGAAGUGCUUCUGCAGGAGUCCUGACUACCAGGGCCAUUUCAUUGUGUUAUGUGGCUACAACAAAGCCUCAGGGAGUAUUUACUACAACAACCCUGCCUAUGCUGACCGAACAUGCUGCACCAGCAUCAGCAACUUCGAGGAAGCCAGGACAAGUUAUGGCACUGAUGAAGAUAUUCUGUUCAUCUACACGGACAGCUGACACCCAGAGUGGAUACUCCUGCUCCUUCCUGCCCAGCCUGCACGGCAGCUGGCUGCUCGUCUCAGGACUCCCCUGCACAGACCUCGCUCCUGAACUGCAGUGGGACCUCAAACAAGGGAGGCUUUAUGGACAUUGACAGGACUGUAUUGCAAUGCUGUCUUUAUCUUUUUUUUUUUUCCCCCCUGAUGAUGUAUCUGAUUUUGCCAAUGUAUGUCUCUGUUUUUUGUUUGGUUUCUUUUUUUUUUCGUAAUUUUCAACAUUGCACAUUUCACAGCAGUUCUAAGAGACAGCCUCAGAGCCUGUUCACUUUCAGCUUAUUUUCAAAUUAAACACAUAAGAAAAAAGCACCAAAUUUAUGAACUUUAACAUUUGGUAAUACAUGCAUAGGUUUAGGUAAACAAAGAAAAAAAGUAGAAAAUACCUUCUUCUCUCUCUGUCAAAGCAUCAAGAGCUGAUCUUCAUCCUAAAUCUAGGAAUCUGAAGUUCAGCAGGGUAUUACAGAAGGAAAAAAUAUUAACUUAAACCACCUUUAAAUAACAAAAAAAAUGCCUUUCUAGCUCAUCAGUAUUGUCUGCAUUGUAGGAAUAAAAAAACAUUUACUCAAGGAAACUUCCCAUGUACCAAAUUCACCUUAUAUACAGAUUUGGCAUUUUGUAACUGCAUUAAAAGUUGAGUAGUAGUUAGUGGCACUGUCCCCUUGCACUACAAACUCAAUCUCCUUUGGCUAAAUCCUCUUGGUAACUGCUUGAAGCUCCCAAAGUUUAAGUGAAGAGACUUAAUUUCCACCUAGAAGUCUUUACUGCUCUCUGCAAAAAAACCUCUGAAUGUUAUGCCAUCCACAUGUGCCAGUUUCUGCAGAAUCCAUUCGAAACUUAUUAAGCAAACACAGAAAAUGAUCAUCCACUCUAUUAGUAUAUAUUUGGUGUGUAAAGUGUAAAUCUGACAGCAUCUACUGCAUUGUAACUAAAAUGUUGAAUCAUAGAGCCAAAUUUUGCUAUUGGUAUUAGUUCAGUGACCUAAGAAGAACUAAAAAUCAAUUAAGAAAAGAGGAAAUACAAACAUCUCUGCUACAAGAGGCAGGAACUCACAUUUUUCUGGCUCUUACACUACAACUGUAUUUGGAUUAAGCUGGAGUUACUAUAUUCAGACAUUAAGUGGAAUUGGUUAAUUACUUUGCUGAGGAGCACUCUGAAGUGUAAGAAAUUGCCACUUAUUUCAGCUUCAUCCAUCACAAUUUCCUACAAGUCUCACCUUCAGUCCUGCCUGUGUGGAAGUGGGAAGGAAAAAUAAACGCUGAUGUAAAACUAGGAAAAUUUUAGUUUGCACUUAAGACAGAGAUCCCAUACCUUUGGCAUGGUUUUAGGAAAAAAAACUUUUCAAGUUCUGGAACUUGAAUAACAGUGGAAGGAUAUUAUUUAGUGGUGGAUAUAAUAAAUAGGAAUCUACUUUCAGCAUGGUAAAAACUUUCUAAGAUAAACCUUUUCUCAGCUGUUGACUCACUCAUCUAUUAAGUGUUCACUAAGUACACUUAGUAGAGUCAAGAGUGCUUCUUUGUACAAAGGGUAAAAACAGACAUCUAAAAUAUGGAAGCCUUUAAAAAGUUCCAAACAAAAAGUAUGUGACAAGAAAUUUUCAGUGUGUCACAUUUUGCUUAUGAUUGGUGAAGUUGUUGAAAUAUAUUCUGGCACUGAUCCUUGCAAAAUGAGUAAAAGGCAGGAUGUGAUUGGCAUAGAGCCAGUCCAUUGGUGCCACCAGCAGAAUCCCUCCAGGAAAAAAGUACGAAACCUAUUGUAGGUAAUGCCUUUCAGCUCCCCCAAAGUAGGUCACCAGAAGGCUCCUGACCUGGGAAUUUUUAUGUCCAGGUCCAAAAUGAUGAUGUUUGAUUUAGAGAGAUUGUAUUAGCUCUGUUAAAUAAUUAACAGGUAUGUAAACUACAGGCUGUUAGAGUACUUCCUUAACCCAUGCAUUUUCAGGUAGGUAGUUCAUUCAGUACCAUUGAACUGCCAUAGGAUUUAUCUCAGAGCAGGCUUGGUUAGUUAAAUAAAAACAAUUGUUACAAAAGGCUUGUCAUUGACAUUUAGCAUCUUACAGGUUCAGUUAACAAAAGUGACUCUUGAGCUUAUAGAUAAAACAUGAACUUGAGGGCAGGCUGAGUGUUCUGAAGUGCCUGGACAGGUGUAGCAGUACUGACUGGGGUUUGGCACCCAGGGAAAGAUAAAACUGCCUAAGCUAGGGCAGAAAAAAGGAGAGCUCCACUCUUGCAACAGGAUCUCACACAGCUGUCUAAUGGAAGACAGCUAUGAGAGAUGAAAGCACGAGGAAGAAGCAAAAGCCAAGUGAAAAGACUGAGUAUUUAUAUGACACAAAUUCAGAUGAAAAAGCAGCUCACUGCACAAACAUUCAGAACAUCUGCAUUUUCUGAAAACUCUGUUUCCCAUUACAAGAUUGUCUGUCAAAACACCCAUUCUGAAAAUGUUCUGUUGCUUUGUUUCCGUCAGGAUGUCAAUAGCAAAGGAAGGGGAUUUUACAUGCAGGGAUUUUAUACAUAAAUAUAUUUUUAUUUGUAAUUAAGCCAUUCUCAAUAAAGGUUUAAACUCACAGAUAACCGUGUAACAUAA